AUGAACAAGAAUAGAAUGAGUACUCGUAGAGCUCAUUCACCUCGAACAAAAGAUGUUAUUUACUGGCGCUAUCAUUGGAAAAACUCGGAUCCUGUUAUGAUAGCUAGAAGAAUCGGGACAAUAAAUUGGGUUCUUUUGCGUGAUAAGCUAAAUGAAAUGAAUGAUAGACAUCAGAAAGAAACCAACCCGCAUACCAUGCGCGCUCAGAUUAUUGCAUCGCAGUUACAAAAUAUGUCAAGAGAAACAACAAUUGCUGAUACAAAACAUGAAGAUGGCUUUGAAAAAUGUACAAAGGAAAUAAGUAGAGAGUCUACUGAUCAUAAAGGUGGUCCAUACACCAAAGGAAUGACACCAGAAGAACGGAAGCAGUUUUUCAGAACAAAAUUAAAUCAGAAAGCUCGUGAAGGUUUUAGAUUUUGGGUAACCGAACGGCCAAAACCAACAAAAUUUGGCCAUUACUCGAUGGGAGCCAAAUACACUUUCCUCGGGUUAUGCAAUGCCCCAAGAAGUUGA